CAUGGCACCACCAAGAGGAAGAGGUAGCUUUGGCGGCGGCGGUCGAGGAGGAGCACGUGGGGGCAGUCGAGGAGGUAGCAGAGGAGGAAGCCGAGGAGGAGGCUUCGGUGGUCGAGGUGGAGGUGGAGGUCGUGGAGGUCGUGGUGGCCGUGGAGGCGCCGGUGGUAUGAGGGGAGGUAAAAAGGUGGUAGUAGAACCUCACAGACAUGCUGGUGUGUUCAUUGCUAGAGGAAAGGAGGACGCUCUCGUCACCAAGAACCUGACCCCUGGAGACACUGUUUACGGAGAGAAGAAAGUAACUAUAGAUGGAGCUGAGCCUAAUGAGAAGAUUGAGUACAGGGUGUGGAACCCUUUCAGAUCCAAACUUGCUGCCGCCAUCUUGGGUGGAGUAGCUGACAUUCACAUCAGACCAGGAAGCAAAGUUCUAUAUUUAGGAGCAGCUUCAGGAACAACUGUGUCUCACGUAGCCGAUAUUGUUGGACCGGAGGGCAUGGUCUACGCUGUAGAGUUUUCACACAGAUCAGGCAGAGAUCUCAUCAAUGUUGCUAAGAAGAGAAUGAAUGUAGUUCCCAUUAUUGAGGACGCCAGACAUCCCCACAAGUACAGAAUGUUGGUCGGAAUGGUCGAUGUUAUCUUCGCAGAUGUUGCUCAGCCAGAUCAAGCUCGUAUCGUAGCAAUCAACGCCCAUCAGUUCUUGAAAAACAACGGACAUUUCGUGAUAUCAAUCAAAGCUAAUUGUAUCGACAGUACCGCUGCCCCUGAAGCUGUAUUUGCUGAUGAGGUCAAGAAGAUGAAAGCAGAGAAGAUGAAACCAGUAGAGCAGAUCACAUUGGAGCCGUACGAGAGGGACCACGCCGUGGUUGUGGGAGUAUACAGACCUCCUCCUAAGAUCAAGGCUUAAAGAGUCCACUUUUUAUUAACUUUUUAUUCCUGCCGUUGUCAGUUUAGCUUGAGAUUUUCCGGUUAUGAUCAGGCCCGGAUUCAUGUUCAGUAAGAUAAAAGCGCCGAGUUCAGGCCAAGAUCCUACUAAAUGUUUCAUCAAUAUUUUCCUGACAUUCUCAAAAUUUUAGCUGCUUUAUUUGAACAUCGCGGGAUUAACUUAUUAUCUUUUUAUUUAUAUCUCCAAUUUUAAAUUUUUUAUCUAAUUUAUUGAAAUUGCGGGGGUGGAUACAUUAAAGAAAACGUUGUUUUGAAAAGAUAGAAACGUUGUUUCAGCGAUGAUUGUUGUAUGACUCAGGAUCUUAACUUUAUUUUAAAAA